AUGGCGCCACCGAUUGAGAUUGCUACCACCAAAAACUAUGCUGAGAAACAAUCUUCACUUCCUCCUCUUAACGAGAGGAUACUUUCGUCCAUGACUCAGAGAUCAGUUGCUGCACACCCUUGGCAUGAUCUUGAGAUAGGACCUGAAGCUCCAGUUAUCUUCAACUGUGUGGUUGAGAUAGGAAAAGGUAGCAAGGUGAAGUAUGAGCUCGACAAAACUACGGGUCUCAUCAAGGUGGACCGUAUUCUUUACUCAUCUGUUGUGUACCCACACAACUAUGGGUUCAUUCCGCGUACCCUCUGUGAGGACAAUGACCCUAUUGAUGUUCUUGUCAUCAUGCAGGAACCUGUGAUCCCAGGAUGCUUUCUUCGGGCCAAAGCCAUUGGUCUUAUGCCAAUGAUUGAUCAGGGUGAGAAAGACGACAAGAUCAUUGCUGUUUGCGCUGACGAUCCAGAGUACCGUCAUUACAAUGACAUCAAGGAGCUUCCUCCUCAUCGUCUUGCUGAGAUUCGUCGUUUCUUUGAAGACUACAAGAAAAAUGAGAACAAGGAAGUAGCCGUUAACGAUUUCCUUCCCGCUAGUGCAGCCUAUGAAGCAGUUCAGCACUCCAUGGAUCUCUAUGCGGAUUACGUCAUGGAGACCUUGAGACGAUGA